AUGCCCAGCCAACUAGCACUCCCCCAUCUACUCACGCCAUAUGUGGUUUCCCCGCCACAAUCUACACUCACACUUGUGUCGUCUAUCCUGGGAGCCACUGGCAAUUGGUUGGUACUGCGAUUUCUAUAUGCAGCAUUAGGCAACUCGCCUGCCUCCCAUCCUGGAUAUGGGGGCCCAGAAGUCGAAACUCGAAAGUCGAGGAGAGUGGUGCUCGUGAGUUUUCUCCGGGGAUGGGAGUUCUGGAGGUCGGAAGCAAAACGAUUGGGCCUUGACCUAGCACGCCUUACAGAAAAGCGCCAAUUCGCAUUUGUUGACGGACUCUCCGAACUUUUCUCCGCUCCAUCUACUUCUUCACAGCCAGCACCUACGCCGCAACUCUACCCCGGACCUGGCAUAGCUCCUCGAACGACACUUCCCAUACGAUCACAGCCUGCCCCAGCACGGUCACGCCAGCCAGUGCCCGCAUCUACUGGUAGCGAUGGCGCUUCGCCUCGGGCUGUGAGGCAGUCUGGCCCGAUGAAAAGACUGCACUUUGCGGGUAGUGGCCUUGCCGCGUUGGAUACGAUUGAAAAGGAAAUUACAAUGGUGAUAAGCGAACUGAAAGCUUCAGGACUAGAGGAAGAUGAAGAUGAUUCCGAGAUUCUACUGGUCAUUGAUCAGCCAGAUUUCCUACUCGCUGCGACUGGGCCGAGCAAGGGCAUAGGCGCUACGGAAAUGGGGGAAUGGAUCAUGGGUCUACAGCAGGCUGCUUCUGCCACCAUUGCAACGAUCUCCGCCGACUCUCCGCUAAUACACAAUGCAUCUACAUUUGUUCACCAGGCAACGACGCCAUUAGAGACGGCGCAUGCGGCGUUCGCUGUUGGAAUGGCUCACAGAGCUAGCAUGAUUAUGCAGCUUCGAAACCUAGAGACAGGCGCUGCGAGGGACGUGAGUGGGGUGCUGAGAGUCAGUAAAGGAGGGGCUUGGGGGCAGAAAGAGAGUGCCAGCGGGGCAGAAAGCUGGGAAGAGAAGGAAGUACUGUAUUUUGUCCAGAGAGAUGGUGGUGCCAAUGUGUUUGGACGCGGGGAAUAG